AUGACGGCAGAUUACAAUGGACGCUGGGAGAUGGUGAAAAACGACAACUUUGAAGAAGUCAUGAAAGGCCUCGACAUCGACUUUGCCACGAGAAAGAUUGCGGCCCAUCUGCACCAGAGCAAAGUCAUCGUCCAGAACGGGGACAAGUUUGAGACCAAGACCCUCAGCACCUUCAGGAACUAUGAAGUGAAUUUCACUGUGGGAGUGGAGUUCGAAGAGCAAACCAAGGGCCUGGACAACCGGAAAGUCAUGUCUCUGGUCACCUGGGACGGGGACAAGCUGGUCUGUGUCCAGAAAGGAGAGAAGGAAAACCGCGGCUGGACGCAUUGGAUCGAAGGAGACAUGCUGCACCUGGAAAUCACGGUCCAGGACAAAGUCUGCCACCAGAUCUUCAAGAAAGCCUGA